AUGCGGCCAGGCUCCCCUUUUAUUCCCCCCGAAUCCCCAUGGCCCUCCCCGCCACCCUUUUUUCCCUUUCCCGCCGCCACGAAUCCCCAGUCACGCUGCCCGGCGAUCCCCCUUCCCGCCGCUCGACUCCCUGGUCUCUCCGCCCGGCGAUUCCCCCUCGUGCCUCCCGAUUCUUCUGACCCGCCGGCCGCGUUCCCUCUACCUUCGCCCUACUUCUCUUCGCGACGCCCGAUUCACGUUCCCGCCGCCCGAUGCGCAUUCCCGCCUCCCCAAUCCCUUUUCCGGGUCGUGCGACAACCCUACCCUCCCGUAAUCCCCUUCUCCCCCUUCUCCCCCUUCCCUCCUUCCCUCCCUUCCAUCCUUUCCCUUCAAUCCCUCCCGUCACACCCGUCUCUCCCUUCCCUCCCUAACUCCACAACCCUCCUUCCCUCCCUUCUCUCCCUUCUUCCCUUGCCUCCCUUCCGUUCCCUCCCUCCUUUCCCUCCAAUCCCUCCCUCCUCGCCCCUAUCUCCCUUCACUCCCUCUUUCCCCUUCCCUCCCUUCUCUCCCUGCUCUCCCAUCUCUCCUUUCCCUUCCUUCUCUCCCGUCCCUCGCUUCUCUCCUUCCCUCCCUUCCCUCCCUUCCCUCCCUUCCCUCCCUUCCCUCCCUUCCCUCCCUUCCCUCCCUUCUCUCCCGUCCUGCCUUUCUCUCCUCCCUUACCUUCACUCCCUUCUCUCCCUUCCCUCUCAUCCCUCCUUGCUAUAUCAUGUCUCUCCUGUCUCUCCCGUCUAUCCCGUCCCUCCCUUCCCUCCCUUCCCUCCCUUCCCUCCCUUCCCUCCCUUCCCUCCCUUCCCUCUCUUCUCUCCAUUUUCUACCUUCUCUCCCUUCCCGCCCAUCUCUCUCCCCCUACCACCCUUUCAUCCCUCCCAUCUCAUCCCGACUUCCUUCUCUCCCGUCUCUCCUUUCCCUCCCUUCUCUCCCGUCCCUCCCUUCCCUCCCUUCCCUCCCUUCCCUCCCUUCCCUCCCUUCUCUCCCGUCCUGCCUUUCUCUCCUCCCUUACCUUCACUCCCUUCUCUCCCUUCCCUCUCAUCCCUCCUUGCUAUAUCCUGUCUCUCCCGUCUCUCCCGUCUAUCCCGUCCCUCCCUUCCCUCCCUUCCCUCCCUUCCCUCCCUUCCCUCUCUUCUCUCCAUUUUCUACCUUCUCUCCCUUCCCGCCCAUCUCUCUCCCUCUACCACCCUUUCAUCCCUCCCAUCUCAUCCCGACUUCCUUCUCUCCCGUCUCUCCUUUCCCUCCCUUCUCUCCCGUCCCUCCCUUCCCUCCUGCCCUCCCUUCCCUCCCUUCUCCCCCUUCCCUCCCUUCCCUCCUUUCUCUCUCCCCUUCCCGCCCUUCUCUCCCCCCUUACCACCUCUCCCUUCUCUCCCUUCUCUCCCUUCCCUCUCAUCCCUCCUUGCUAUCUCCUGUCUCUCCCUUCUCUCUUUUCUCUCCCUUCUUUCCCGUCCCUCCCUUCCCUCCCUUCACUCCCGUUCCCCUGCGUGUCGCACGCCAUUUCCCCCUCGACUGUCCGCCCUUUCCCCCCUCUUUCCAUGCUCGCUCUCGCCCUCGAUAGCACUCCCUAUUCCCCUCCUUUCGCACUACCUUGCCCCCACGUUUCGCAAUCCCCUACCCCCUCAAUAG